GCGACUCCCAAGAAAGACUGUAGCCAUGAGUGCAAAAUCUAGACCCUCGCUUAGCUGUCCCCUCACCCUCCCGUCCCUUCGGGAAGAUCAAAGUACCUUCCAGCCCAAGUAUGGCCCUGAGUGACUUCGUCACACCUUCGUGAGGUCACAAGCAGCCACUAGCUCAGAGGGGAGAGGCGAGUUCUGAGUGAAAGAAACUGGGCGGGGCUGGGGCCCAGGAGAGGUUGGACUGUAUCCUGCGUGUUUCUAACACAGAGGAGUUUGUACCUGCCGUCAUAGCGUCCGAAAUGGAUGUCUCCCAUUGUCUCUGCUGCUCAAAAUAUCUCCAGAACUGGAAAAGCCAAGUGCGGUGACAUCUUUUAAAGAACAUGGAACAGCUAUGUAAGGAUUUCUGUCACUCUCCUAUGAACUCUUCAAACGACUCAACCUUCUCAUCAAGUUACUCUUCUUCAGGGGAGACACAGAACCUCGCAUGUUUCCUCACAAACCCACACUAUGGCAGCCUCAUUAAUGCAGAUGGCCAUGGUGAAGUGUGGACAGAUUGGAAUUCUAUGUCCAAGUUUUUUCAGUAUGGGUGGAGAUGUACCACUAAUGAGAAUUCCUAUUCAAACCGUACUCUGAUGGGCAACUGGAACCAGGAAAGAUACGACCUAAGGAAUGUUGUACAACCCAAACCCUUGCCUUCCCAGUUUGGACACUACUUUGAAACAACGUAUGAUACAAGCUACAACAACAAAAUGCCACUUUCAACCCAUAGAUUUAAGCGAGAGCCGCAUUGGUUCCCAGGACAUCAACCUGAACUGGAUCCUCCCCAAUACAAAUGCACAGAAAAGUCAACUUAUAUGAAUAGCUAUUCAAAACCUCAAAUCGGGCAUCUCCCUGGACUUUUCUUCCUUGCUCUGAUGCCAGCUUCCUUCUCAAGUCUCAGUCUGAUAAAAUGUUCCACACGUAGGCAUUGCAAACAGUCGUUUCUUAACAAUAUCUUUUAUUUAGGUACCAACGUAUAAGCCCCUGCUUGAACUUGUGCCAGUUGAUUCUUCCAAAGAUGUCUCUUCUCCAGGUCUAGCAUUUUCUUGACCAGUCUGAAGAAAGCUUAGAGCAGCUUCUCUUUCUGGACAACUUUAUCUAAUGCAUCCAUGAAAUCUAUCUGCUCUGGACUUGGCAUUGGCAAUCUCCGCCACCUGGCCUCCUGCUCUAGGGUGAAGAGCAUGCUUCUUUCUUGCAGUAGGAAAUACCAAAG